UGUUCUCAGGCCAUAAGCACAGUAAACCUUGAGUGAAGACCUCCGCAAGGAUUGUUCGUACUUCCUCUCCUCAUCAGGCUAAUCGGGAACUACAGAGUGGCCCGGCUUUAGUAAUUACCCCAGCAGAAGAAUCCAGAAGAGCAAAGGAAUCAAACAGCACCAUGGAGAAAAAUACAAAGAUAAAGAUCACACUGUUUAUCAUCCUGGUGGGCAUGGUGUGCAUGUUCACGGCUGUUGUAACAGAUCACUGGGCAGUGCUGAGCCCGAGAGUGGAAACAGUCAACACUAUGUGUGAGGCUGCCCAUUUUGGAUUGUGGAGGCUUUGCAAGAAGCACAUUAACAUUACAGACAUUGAGAGAGAGGGGAAACCGUGUGGACCCAUCAGCCUGCCAGGAGAGUUGAACUGUUCCUACUUCAGACACUUCACUCCAGGACUUGACUCUGAGAUCUUUGAGGUUAAAACACAAAGAGAAUACAACAUCUCAGCAGCAGCCAUCUCCAUUUUCAGCGUGGUCUUCAUGCUCUUGGGAAGUUUGUGUAGUCUGUGUGCUUUGGCGAAGGGCAAAAACUAUCUACACAAACCUGCUGGCAUGUUUUUUGCUUUUGCUGGUCUCUGUGCCAUUGUCUCUGUGGAAGUGAUGAGGCAGUCAGUAAAGAGGAUGGUCGAGAGUAAGGACACCAUCUGGAUCGAGUACUACUACUCCUGGUCUUUCAUCUGUGCCUGUUUGGCCUUCGUGUUCCUCUUCCUCUGUGGGAUUGGCCUCCUUUUGCUCGCCAUGCCCCACAUGCCUAAGAAUGCAUGGGAGACUUGCAUGGAUGCCGAGCCUGAACACAUGUAAUACAGCCAGGUUGUGUUAUAUUGUCAUUUUGGUAGUAAUCACUUGCAGAGUGAAAACAAAGUGAUAAAAAAACAAAUUAUUAAACUAAUUUUGUACUUUUGUUUUUGAAAGAUAAUUUCUUAUUUUUUGGCACUGUGUUCAUAUAAGUGAGUAUGUUUUUUAUGAUUUGUCAAGAUUUUGUCAAAUCUACAAACCUACACAAAGAAGGAUUUUAACUGUAAAAGUAUUUAAUUAAAAAUCAUAGUGGUUACCUUAAGAGUUUUUCUUUUUACUUUUAUGUGCUUUCUUUUUACUUCUAUGUGCUUUCUUUUAACUUCUAUGUGCUUUCUUUUUACUUCUAUGUUGUGUUCCUUUGGCCUGAUAUAAAAUUAACAUUUCUAGUCUGCUAACAAACAACACAAGGCGUAUUUGUAUAUAUAUACUCCACGGCCAAAAGAAUUAGAACACCUGACCCAUUUCAAAAAUAAAUUCUAUUCAAAUAAAGGGACUAUGUGAUCUAUGUGAUCUUUUCAGGUAUAACAACAGCCACUCUUCUACAAAGGCUUCUCACACGACUUUGUGUAUGUCUGUGGGAAUUUGUGCCCAUUUAGUUAAAAGGGCAUUUGUAUGACUUUGCAGUGAUGUUGGUCAAGAAAGCCUUAGUUAAUGUUCCGGUUCACUUCAAAGCUGUUCUGUGGAGCUGAAGUCAAGACUCUGCAGGCUGUUGGAGUUUCUUUAAACCAAGCUUUUCCUUAUGUCUGUAUAGACCUUGCUUUGUGCACAGGGACACAGUCAUGCCGGAACAGGAAAGAACCCUCCCUAAACUGUUGCUGCAAAUAAUUUUCUUCGUUUAUUACACCUGUUAGCAAUUGCGGUGACUGAAACACAUGAAUUCAAUAAUUAGAAUGGGGGUCCCACUACUUUUAUCCAUAU